GCACAAGCUUUCAGAUUGGAAACGUAGCAUAUACAAUACAACAUGUUUCAAGAAAGAAAUAUGUACACUGUAUUAUUUGUGUUUCUGUUGAUGAAUGGUGUGAAUGCGAGUUGUGACAAUAAAUCAGACUCAUGGCUGACGUGGACAAAUGCAGCCACAGCAGCAUUGACUGUCGUAGGUGGCGCCACUGCUAUUGUAGCCGCUCCACUCGUAGUAUCAGCUGUUGGUUUUGGAUCCGCUGGUGUUGUGGCUGGGUCCUUAGCCGCUUCCCUUCAGGGCCCAGCAGUCGCAGCAGGAAGUUGGUUCGCCAUUGGACAGAGCGUAGGCGCAGCAGGAUUCGGGAUCGCAGGGAAUGCCGUCCUAUUGGGCACAGGGUCGGCUACUGGAUAUGUAACGUCGAAAGUCGCAUCCAACAUCUUGGGGGAAUAAUUGUGUACAAACGUUGAACUCCUUGAUAAAAAGAACAUGUAUGCUUUAUAAAUGUUAAUGAAUUCAUUGAUACAAUCACAUACUCUUAAAUAAAUAACAAAUUUAGUUUUACAUAGUUCAAUAAAGCAUGAGUUGUCAAAUAUUUACACGCGAUGUUUUAAAAUCUACGCUUGGCUUGAAAUGUACAUACAAAUAAAGCAUGACGAACAAACA